CGGGCUUCCGGCGAGCGGCCAAUCGCGGGGCGCAGGCGUCGGGCCUCCCAGCACCCGACGGGGGCCAGAGGCUGCCCGGAGCGCCAAGGAGGCCUGAAGUCCGCGUGGGUCCCGGGGAGACAAUCCCCGGCUCGGCCUGCUCGCCGCCGGGAAUCCACCCACCGCGCCAAGGCGCACGCCGACCCCUGCGCGCCCACCGCCCCGCGGCGCUGUGGACCAUGUCUGUUUCCACAGUGACAGAUCAGGCCUUUGUCACUCUGGCCACCAACGAUGUCUACUGUCAGGGAGUGCUAGUCCUGGGGCAGUCACUGAGGAACCACAGAGUGACCCGGAAGCUGGUGGUGCUCAUCUCUUCUCAGGUGUGCAACCUGCUCAGGAUUGCUCUCUCAAGGGUGUUUGAUGAGGUGAUCGAGGUGAACCUGAUAGACAGCGCAGACUAUAUUCACCUGGUCUUUCUGAAGAGACCUGAGCUCAGAGUCACCCUCACCAAGCUCCACUGUUGGACACUCACCCACUACAGCAAGUGCGUCUUCCUGGAUGCAGACACUCUGGUGCUGUCCAGCAUUGAUGAGCUAUUUGAGAGGGGGGAGCUUUCCGCAGCUCCUGAUCCUGGAUGGCCCAAUUACUUCAACAGUGGGGUCUUUGUCUUCCAAACCUCUCUAGAAACACAUAACCUCCUGCUGCAACAUGCGAUGAAACAUGGCAGCUUCGAUGGGGCUGAUCAAGGCUUAUUGAACAGUUUCUUCAGUCACUGGUCAACGGCAGACAUCCGCAAGCAUUUGCCUUUCAUCUAUAACUUAAGCACCAACACAGUGUACACUUACAGUCCUGCUUUCAAACAGUUUGGUUCUAGUGCAAAAGUCGUGCACUUUUGGUGGUCCAGAAAGCCUUGGAGCUACAAGUAUAACCCACAGACGGGCUGUAUACUGGAGGACAGUCCGCUGCACCAAGCCACCUUCCUUAAUCUCUGAUGGCGAAUCUACAACGACAGCAUCCUCCCUCUUUUGAAAGUCUCCGAGGCGUGGAAGAUAACGCAUCCCCGAGACGGACAGUGCUGCCCAGAGGCUUCAGAGAGUCUUGUACAAACUCAGCACCCAGUGCUGGGGAGCCGAGGAUCAGACAACCUUCCCCUGCUCAGGACCCUGCAGAGCAGACUGUGGGAGUGGACGAGGCCCCGCCCUCACCUGAAAGUUGCCUUUCGGAAGAGGUACGUACCUGUGUUCUGUACAGGCUUCAACAUAGUCCUUAUCGUCAUCAACAUCAUGAUCGUCAACAUCAUCAUCGUCAUCAUCUUCUUCUUCUUCGUUGCUAUGCUAUGA